GCUCAGAGUGCCACCUUCCCUCAGUUGGUCAGUCCCUUUCCACAAGGCCAGAUAUUAUUGGAACUGAGAUUUCCAAGGAAGCUCAUUUGCCCUUUCCAUUUAUUCGUGUGCCAAAAGUGUUUCAACAUUUGACUCGAAAGAGAGUUUUGACUAUGGAGUGGAUAAUUGGUGAAAGUCCAACUGAUUUACUUUCUGUAUCUACUGGAAACUCCAUUGAUCAUGGUUCUCGUUAUACAGAGAGGCAGCAAUUUGAUGCGAAAAGGCGUCUUCUUGAUCUGGUGAACAAAGGAGUGGAGGCAUCAUUAGUUCAACUCCUUGAAACAGGCUUAUUGCAUGCUGAUCCACAUCCAGGAAACUUGCGUUACACGUCCACAGGGCAAAUAGGGUUUCUGGAUUUUGGUUUGCUAUGUCAGAUGGAAAAGAAGCAUCAAUAUGCUAUGCUUGCAUCCAUAGUGCACAUGGUAAAUGGGGAUUGGGAAUCCCUUGUUCGUGCUUUGAUUGAAAUGGAUGUUGUGAGGCUAGGGACUAACAUCCGACGUGUUACAAUGGUAUCAUAUUUGGUUCUCUCUACUCUCAAGUUUCAGUUUAUAGCUGUUUCUUAGUAUAUUUAUAAUGUUAGCAAGCAGCAACUUUUAGCAGACAUUGGAGAAGUACAGAGUGUUGCAAAGGUUACUACUUGUUCUAGAUUUGAUUGGGACUUGUAUGGUAAUUGGGGAUGGGGUGCUUACACCAACAAUUUCUGGUAUUAAUUGGAAGGUUUUGACAUUUUGAUUUUGGUUUUGAGUUCUAAGCUUGGGAUGCCACUAAUCGAAAAUUCUUUUGGUUUUUUUCAUUGUGUAGUUUUGCAAAUAAUACUUCUAGUAAUAAUCACUGUUGCUCUUUAGAAGUAUAGAUAUGGAAUUCUACAGAUUUGAAGAUAGCUUAAACAGAAUUCUAGUAAUAAGUAAUAGCCACUGAGUGAUACCAAGUUCUUAUGGGUUCUCUUUUUGGGAGAAUUUAUUUAUUUUUAGCAUCUAUAUCACAUGUACAUAUAUUCUGUGAAGAAGAAGACUAAAGAAGCAAAUCAAAGUUAGGUAUCAAUCUUGAUUCUACUGUUAUAUAUUCAUUGCUUAAAUGAUAUAUGAAAUAUCAAAGACCUUUUCUUUCUCCUUUUUUCUAUUGUACAGAUGUGAAGUUAGUGGCCAGGUUAGGAGCAUGCAUUAUUGUGGGUCCCUACGAAUAUAAUUAAAACAAAUUACUUGCUUAAUGGAUGAAAUGAUGUCGGGCAUGAGAGCCAUACAAGAAGCCAUGUUACAAAGCAACGUGCGCAGUUUAAGCAAUUUCUCAGGAUAGCGCUACAUCACAGUGAGGACUCUUCGUGGAUAUUUUAAGAUUGUAUGUUGUAUAACUUUUUGGCUGUAUCAGAAAGAAUAUUGUAAACAUGAUGUCUGAUGCUCGCUACAUCUUUUUUGUGUCAAAUGGACUUUAAACUUUUUCCCUCCAUUUUGCUGCUGUAUUGAACUAUAUAUUCCUUAAAGAUUGAUAAUUUUCCCGUAUUCGUUAGA